AGCUGAGGCUUAUACGAAAGAAAUCGCACCGAAUGGAACUCUUACUCUUACUGCUCGUGUGCGCAAUGCGACAGCGGUUGACGCUAACUGGACACGCGUGGCUUUACCGAACGGAAAGUUGUUUUAUAACUUAAUGGUGUAUGGAAAAUUUGUCAUCUUCGACUCGGGUGACUUGAGAACUGAGGAUCGUAUUGAAACUGCUAUUUCUGUCGAGGAAGCUGAAAAACUGUUCACAUACAAUGGCCUUCUACCAUUCAGUGAUUACAGGCUCUGGGUGAAUGCGUCGAAUUCUGUUGGGUUUAUUCUCAGUAACAACGUCACCGUGUCCACCCCUGAAGGAGUUCCCGGCGGUCUGAAAGCCCCCAAUGUCACUGUGUUGAAUUCGACUGCUGUCCAUGUCACGUGGGAACAACCUGCAUUGCCUAAUGGGAUUGUUCUUGGCUAUGGACUUCAUCAGAAAACUGACGGCUCUGAAACACUUCGGUUCAGUGGAAUGGGUUUUAAUUUUACUGUCACUGGCUUGGACCCGUUUACGGACUACCGAUUCCGUGUAAAUGCCAGCACUGUAGCGGGGUCUGGGUUUAGUGAGUGGACUCUGGUCAAGACCUCUGAGGAUGUCCCAAGUUCCCCGGAUGCACCAGAUUUUAGAAAUGUGACUUCCGCAUCUGUGACACUGGUCUGGGACGAGCCAGCUGAACCCAAUGGAGUGCUCCUUUAUUACGUCAUUUAUCAGAAUGGCACUGAGAUCAAGAGAGUCACGGGAAAUGUCACCAAAUAUGUAGCUGUUGGUCUCCAGCCCUUCACUGUCUACGUGUUCAAGCUGAGUGUGUGUACAGCGGUAGGCUGCAGUAACAGCUCGGACUCAGUCCCCAUGAGAACUCUGGAGUCAGGUCCACAAGGUUUGUCAGCUCCAAGGCUGUCAUCUCUAUCAGGGAGAACUGUGGUUAUUGAAUGGAACCCACCCUCCGUGCCUAAUGGCGUCAUUCUCAAAUAUGUGAUUCAGCGGCGAGUCGUGGGUGGUGGAAAUCCAAGCGAUGUCGCUGAAGUGAAUGCCUCUCUUCCACUGCAUUACGAGGAUAAUACAGCACAGCCAGUGACCAAUUAUCAGUACCGCGUGAUAGCGUAUAACAGUGGUCCGGGAGAACCCAGUCCAUAUGGUAACAUUACUACAGGCGAGGGAGACCCUGAAGGCAUCGCAGCACCAACUGUUGUAGCACUCAGUCCAUACGCCAUUCACGUGACUUGGAAAAAACCCAGCAUUCCCAAUGGCGUAGUGACGCAAUACGUCAUCAGAGUCGUGGACCAACAGCAGUCACGCAACACCACAGUGAAUGCUAAUGAACCGUUUGCGCUAAACGUGACCUCACUCGAUCCUUACAUCAUGUACAACGUCUUCGUUAGCGCAUGCACAGUUGCUGCAUGUGGUAGCAGCCCGCCGUCUCAAGUGCGCACGCUUCCUGCCAAACCUGAAAUGCAGCCAGCGCCAACUGCAAAGACAGAUUCACAGACCUCUUUGAACGUGACAUGGGAGCCUCCCCUCAGGCCAAACGGGGUGAUUCGUUCUUAUGUGCUGUACAGGAGAACUGUUGAAGACCUUGUGGAAAAUAACAUUUCAGCACCAACAGAUUAUGUACAGGUGUAUGAGGGGCCGGCUUUGAUCCGAGAGUAUCGUGAUACUGGACUUGGGAUCUUCUCUUUGCAACAGUACAAGGUCACUGUGAAUACUAGUCAAGGCAGCACUACAAGCAACUCCUCCCUACCCUACAGAACCGGCCCUGCCCCUCCCCUAGCAGGGGUAUUCGUCAAUGGAACUGCCCUAAAUCACACCUCAGUUCUGGUCACGUGGUACCCACCUGUUAUUAAGCAGUUACGUGGCUCUGCUGUGUCGUAUACUUUAGACGUUGAAGAAAGAUCUGUCGUGAGUCGCGUGGGCACUUACCCCGGAACACAGACUCGUGUAACAGUUAAUAAUCUGAAGGCCAACACUGUGUACACAUUUUAUGUUGAACUAAACAAUGGAGCAGGAACCUUCAAGAGUGCUGGCUUUGGAAUCAGAACCUUGGAUGGAAUGCCUGAAGAUUUCGAUCCGCCUGCACUAUACGUGGUCAGCAGCACUGCAAUUCGCGUGAGUUGGAAUGAGACAGGAAACCCGAAUGGAGUUGUAAUAUUGUACAAAAUAUAUGUAAACAACACGUUAUGGGCUAACACUACUGGCGAUCAACUACAAGUAAUCGUGUCUGGACUGCAGCCGUUUACCUUCUAUAGCAUCAAGGUGGCAGUGUGCACUACACACGGUUGUACUCUCAGUGAUGCAAGACAGGCGCGGACAAAUGCUGCAGCACCGACAGGUUUUGCUGCUCCGCGACUCACUGCAGGAUCAACUUUUAUUGUUGUCCAAUGGGAGCCACCAUCUCGUCCAAACGGAAUCAUGUCUGGUUAUCAGAUUUUUAGAAGAAUGGUGUACUCAUGUCCAACGAGUCCCCCGCCAAUCUCUAAAUGCACUUUCAUUGAGUGUCUCUUGUCAGAGCAGUUAUGUGGAGUCACGUGUUACAAUCCAGCCAAUCAGGUGUGUUGCAGUGGUGUUCUUCACCCACGUGACCCAUCCAAGACUUGUUGUAGCGCGAAUUAUCUGCGUAAGAACCAGGCCUCUGAUGUUUGUUGCGGUAACACUUUCCAUAUUCAACAAGCCGGCUAUCAAUGUUGCUAUGGCAACUACAUCAGUGUUGCUUCGGGACGAGUCUGCUGUCCUAAAUCUCAGGGAGGUAGUGUGGUGGGUCUUGGUAAUGCCUGUUGUGGAGACACCCCGUAUAACAAGAACGACCCCACUAAGGUUUGCGUGUGUGGAGCGCUGUACGACCCCAUUCCCCCACGAAAGUGUUGUGGCGGCAAAGUUGUGGCGUCUGCUCAGGUUUGCUGCGGCGAUGAAAAGAACGGAGCCGCCUACGAUCUGGAAGCUAGCAAGACUUGCUGUGGAGCUCAAUACAUUUCUGAAGACACGAGCCUUUGUUGUCAAGGAUCAGCGGGAGAUGUCGUGGUUUAUAACUACACCAGCGCACGCGAUAAAUCUACAUCCAAUCACAAAUGCUGUGGUAAAAAACGAAUUUCUAGUUUUCUCACAUGUUGCAACGAACGUGGCUAUAACUCUACUUACCAGACUUGCGCAGAUAUUUCCAGCAACGGAACGUUAGGCUGUGGAAUGGGAACAAUUUGUAAUAAGACUGAUGCACUCGCAGCAAUGUGUGAUCGAUGUGAUUUUGAUAAUUCAACGAUGAACUGCGGAUUUGUUGCUGGCCACUACGCUCCAACUCCUUCGACUGUUGUACCAAGAAUCUGUGCCACGGAUUACGAAGAAAUACUUAAAAAUCAAUACAAUGCUGAUAUCCGUGAAUAUAACGACACUGGGCUCUCUCCUCAUACAGAAUAUGAAUACUACCUUGUCGCAAUCAAUAAUGGAUUUAAUGUGUCAAGUCCAGAAGCCAAGAACCGAACACUGAUGGGUCGCCCUGAAGGUCUUUUACCGCCAGUUGCAGUUCCAAUUUCCUCGACUGAAAUCCGCGUUACUUGGAGUAAGCCAGCAAAACCCAACGGAGAAAUCCAAGAGUAUAGGCUGACCCGGGUCAGCGGUCAAAUUAAGCUGCGUCAAGUGGUAUAUACCGGUCUUAAUUUAACUUAUACAGACCGUGGAUUGGAGCCGUUUACUGGAUAUGGUUACGUUAUCGAGGCAUGCACGACGCACUGCUCAUCAGCGGAAAUGACGUCACUGAUCUACACCGACCAAGCUGCCCCGGCGGAAGUGAACGCAGCCAUUUUACUUCCGUUAAACUUCAGCGCUAUAAAUGUUUCUUGGAUUGAACCUUCCAAACCUAACGGACAGAUUAUUCGUUACAAUGUGAGCCGUGUAGUAAACAGCACGUACAAGAUCCAUUUGAACCCGAAUGACAAAGGUUUGUCCGUAAGGAGCCUGGUAAUUGGGGGUCUUAAACCCUAUACUAACUAUACCUUUGAAGUGAUAGCUUGUACGCGCGUGGGUUGCACACCAGGUCCGCUGGCCUCCACGCUAACACUGCAGGCGCCGCCUGAAGGUGUCCACCCACCCAAUCUCACAGUCAUCGGGGCCAGGGAAAUCGAAGCCACAUGGAUUGGACCAGACGUUCUAAAUGGUGUGAUUGUUUCAUACUCACUCUACCGCGGAGAUCUUGUUGUGUACAACGGGACGAAUGCAUGUUACAAAAAUCAACACGGUAAAGACAUUUGUAUCUUCCAAGACCGAGGCAACGGUCUCCAACCAGUGACGACUUACAAUUACUCAGUCGCUGCUUCGACUGGCGGGGGUACCACUAGGAGUGCUGUGUCUACUGCCACUACCCCAGAGAGUUCUCCAGAGGCCAUUCCCAAGCCUCGUUUGACUGUGAAAAGCGCUUAUAGUAUUUUAGCGGAAUGGAAUGCUCCAGGUCAGCCAAACGGUAACAUUACAAGUUAUUCUGCGGUCGUUAAUGGCACAGAGUAUGUUGUCGCUCUCAACAUGAGCAAGUUGAUUCCAGGAUUGAAUCCUUUUACUAUAUAUUCUGUUCGCCUGAAGGCCUGUACCGCUAAAGGCUGCGGACUCGGGGAAAGAGAGCAUGCAAGAACUGGCGAGGCUCCUCCCAUCGGACAGGGGGCACCUACCCUGGUAGCACGAGAAUGGAAUGUUGUACAAGUCUCUUGGUCGCGGCCUUCCUUUCCAAAUGGAAUCGUCGUCCAAUAUGUAGUUUACCGUAAGACAGGUAACAGUGCCCCGCUUCCAGUUUGUUUCACGCUCCAGCGGUCAUGUCUGAAUAGUGGUUUGUUAGGUUACACGGAUUAUUCCUAUAGAAUAAGAGUUGUAAACAGCGCAGGCUUUGAAGAAGGCCCUUGGACCGACGUGCGCACUCCUCAGGGGCCUCCUCAAGGCAUACGACCACCUUCUCUUACAGUACUCAACUCCACUGCAGUGUAUCUUUCAUGGACUGUACCCUCUCAGCCCAACGGUAUAGUCACACACUAUGAAGUGCGCUAUCACAAAGGACUACAAACUCCCGACAACAGUAACGUCACAGUAGCAGCUCGGUUGCCUAGCAACGUACUGAACGCCACGGUGAGCGGGCUAGACCCUUAUACGGACUAUCAGUUCCUGAUCGCUGCCAUCAACAGCCGGCGUGAGGGGGUGAGCGCCUGGGCGACAGCAAAAACCAAACAAGCACCACCAGCAGACCUUCCUCUCCUUCGUGCUGACAAGACGAAAGAUGGAAAGAGCAUGCGCAUGUUGUGGGAUGAGCCCGGGUCUCCUAACGGGGUCAUUACUCACUACAAACUGUACAAAGACAGUGUCUUGAUUUAUCGCGGCAGCAUCCGAGAAUACACGGUCUCAAGACUUGUUCCUUACACUGCGUACGAGUUUCAGCUAGAGGCCUGUAAUGUUGCAGGGUGCACGCGGGGUCCCACGCAAAUCAUUUUCUCCGCAGAGGUGGACCCACAAGGCCUGUCCCGACCUACAACAGGGUUUAUCAAUGCCACAGCUGUGGAGCUGAACUGGAGAUCGCCAGCAAUUCCAAACGGAAUCAUCAUCCGUUAUGAGAUUUACAUGACGGUCACGCCGCUUCAGAAGCGACGAAGGCGCGCUGUAACACCUCCCUCCGGUCAACUGGUGUAUUCCACCAAUGAUACAAACAAGACAGAUUUCAAGCACACAGAGACGGGAUUGAAGCCUUACACAAAGUACGGGUUUAGUGUACGCGCGGUCAACGGUGGAGGUUUUACGGAAAGCGACCCACUGAUCGUAACCACAUCUCAAGCUGCUCCUUCGUCCGUCGAUGCACCACUGGUCUUGUUGAUGACCGUGUAUUCCUUGAAUGUGACUUGGAAAAAACCACUAGAACCCAACGGCGUUGUUCAGUUUUAUUUUGUGUUCAGGAACAAUUCUAUUAAAUAUAAAGGAAACGAACUGAGUUUUGUAGAUCAAGGUCUAGAGCCAUACACCGUAUACAGUUACACCGUGGAGGUGUGUACUAGCUGCAAUGUUGACUGCUGUACGCAGAGCUCUCCAUCAAGCCGCCGAACAACUCAGGCUGCACCGUCGGGUGUGUAUCCCCCGGCCUUAGAAGCGGAAAGUGCUUUGGCUAUAAAGAUAUCUUGGGUGACGCCUGACAAGCCCAAUGGAAUCAUUACCCAGUACCAAGUGUAUGAAGUUGGUGACAGUUCUCCGAUUUAUACCGGACAGGACAUGACGCUCACUGUAAGCGGGAAGGCACCUUUCUCUAAAUAUUCCUUUUACAUUAGUGCUUGUACGAGCGAGGGUUGUACACAGAGUGCACCAGCUGAAGUGCGCACCAAAGAAGCUCCUCCGAGAGAUCUCCUCGCCCCUGUUGCCACAGUCGGUGGUUCUUCGUUUGUGCGAGUAGAAUGGAAUGCACCGCUAAAACCAUAUGGUGUAAUACUCCACUAUCUCCUUACACGUAAUGGCUCCCAAGUAUACAACGGUACUGAUCUGAAAUUUAACGACCUCACUGUGGCCCCACACACCGUGUAUAUGUAUGUUGUGACGGCAGUGAAUUCCGCGGGCCGCGUGUCAAGUCCUCCUGGAUUCAGCGCUGCUACUAAUCCUGGUGCUCCAGACAAUGUGAGCAUCCCGACGUUAUAUGUUCUCAGUGCAACAUCCAUUAAAGUCCUGUGGACAGCCCCGGGGGUUCCAAACGGUGUCAUCUUCAAAUAUGAAGUAUUGUACAACUUCAUGGGAGCGCAAGGCGUUGCACAGGUGAAUGACGCUGGUAUUGCCAAGGAGAUUACCCUAAAAGACCUGUUGCCAUAUACGUUGUAUGAAGUCAGAAUCCGCGCUUGUACACUUAAAGGCUGCAGCAUAGGAGAGGCGAACUAUGCCCGUACAUUUGAGGCUCCGCCAGAGGGUCAGAAUCCCCCAGAUUUCCCAACAUCUAAUAUUGGUGCUAGGAGAGUACUUGUCACCUGGAAUGAGCCUUUAAAACCCAACGGAUUUAUGCUGUCGUACAGACUUUACAGGCGUGGAGUAUCGUUGUAUGGUAACCAGGCGACAGUGUAUGGUCCGGCAGAGUCUGUAGUAAACGUAACUAAUGGAUCUGCUCUAGCUUACAGUGAUACAAACGUGAAGCCGUACUUCAAGUAUAAUUACCGAGUUAUCUCUGCAAACAGCGCUGGUGAAACGGUUAGUCAGUGGUCGUUGGUUCAAACCUUGAGUGCAGCACCAGAGCAGCUUAAAGCGCCUCAUGUGAACAAGACUUACCCUUACAGUUUGGAAGUGUUCAUCUUCCCACCUGGUGAACCUAAUGGAGAGAUAAGAAAUUACAUCCUCGAAGUUUCUGGACGAAAUGUAUCUCAAGAGCUAACCACUACUCGUGAGGUGGCGGGCCUUGAGCCAUUUACGGACUAUGUUCUACGUGUGUACGUCUGCACGGAUGGAGGGUGCGCCGCGGGACCCACUGCAACCUGGAAGACCUCUGUUGGAGUGCCGUCAGAGUUUGCCGCCCCACGCCCGAUUGAAAUAACCAAUAACUUCGUCACACUUAUAUGGGACGAGCCAGGAAAACCCAAUGGAGUCAUCCAAAGAUAUGAGGUUCUGUUUCAUGAAACUUGCGCUGUCGGUUGUCCUACUGCAAUGCCCGAGAGUGGACUGAACACGAGUUUGUCUCGGCGUUAUACCGUUAGAAGCCUGUCACCCUAUACUAUGUAUAACUUCAGGAUACGAGUUCACAACUCACGGCAUUCGAGUUUAUCGGAUGAACAAAGAGUGCGAACACUAGCUGCAGGUCCACAGACGACAGAACUGAGGCCUCGAGUAAAUGUGUCCGGGCUCCGAGUGGCCGUGGACUGGAGCGAUUGCUUUAUUUUGAACGGACCGCUGGACUCCUAUGAGCUGUUAGAAAAUGGAUUGCUUGUCUAUGAAGGACAGCAAAACAAAAUGGACUUGGGAAAUAGGAAUAAAGGAGAGUACACCUACAAAGUACAUGCCACAACUUUAGUGCAAGGAAGCAAAAUGACUGUAGAAUCACCUCCCAGUGUUCCUGUUCAGGUGCAAUCUGAAGUUAUUGCAGCAACAUCAGCACCCCGCACUGCUUCGGAUGAGUGGCAAAAGAGUGUUUGGUUUAUUGCUGUCAUGGCAUUGGUCGCCAUCAUUAUCCUGUUUGCGUUGAUAUUCUGUUGUAUGCGGAAAUCCACCGGGAGUAGAACAGUUUUUGUACGGAACAGGGAACCUUUACCUCCACGCACCAAACUGCGUUCCAGGCCUCCAUCCAUGUCCAGUCUUUACACGUCCAGCGACAGAAAGAGUGGAAGCAUGACUGAGAUGCAUUUAAUGAACCCGUACCACAGUAGUACCACAGCUUUGUUUGACAGCACAGAGAGGCUGAACAAGACUCCCGAACAAUUUGACUUUUACAAUGGCAGCAUGCACAAAGUUCCUCCAGAUAUGAGUCAAGACUGGGACCAUUAUGUCAAGAGUUAUAGCAACAGGGAUUCUGGACUGUACGAUGACGAAAAACUGGACUUCUCGGACAGUGAACCAAGCACACCAUAUCAAAGCUUUAAGAGGGAGCAGUACUUUACGGAUACACACUUAUAAGAACAAAUAGUCUUUCAAAGUAGCCAAGAUUUGUGACUUUUAAAUCAGAUUAAUAUUAUUAAUGAACAAUACUUGUAGUUUAGGUAGUGUAUUUUCAAAUUUUGAUUCCAGUUACGAGUGUGAAACGACUGAAUGUAUUCCUGAGAAAUUUUUGUGCAGGGUC